AUGAACGAAAUAGGGAAAGCUAGUGGAAUAAAUAACAGCGAAAUGGAAUUAAUAUAUAAUAAAAUACAUAACAAAGAAAAGGAAUGCUUCCAAAAUAUUUUAAUAAACGAAAUAUGGAACGAAUAUGAAAGGAGUGAUAAUAAAAAUGAAAUAAAUCCGAGUAAAUUUCCACUAAUAAAUACACGCAUUAACAUUUUUGAUAACGAUGAAGAAAAUGAUGUUUAUAAUGAAAUUGUAGGAAAUUUAGCAAAAAAUGAAACAGAAUAUAUUAAUGAAAAAAAGAUCAAAGAAAAUUAUAAUUUUAUUAGUGGAAUUUGUUGUGUGAAUAUAAAAGAUUUUAUGAAUUUCGAUCCAUUAUUUGUUAAACUUUAUAAUUAUCAAAAUUUAGAGGAAAAUACUGUAAAAACGGAAUACAACAUAAAUUCUAAUAGUAAUUGCACUUGUCAGUAUUCAAGAGCUGGUAGCAUAAAUAAAGAAAAUGUAGGGAAGCAAAUUAACAAAUGUAAUAGUAUGGCUAUUCAAUACAAAUAUGCUGAAAAGGUAAUAUCUGAAGAAAGUGAUGAUGAAAUAUAUACUCCGAAAAGGUUGAAGUUACGAAAGAAAAAACAUAAUAUGCAAUCUAAUCCUAUUGAAAAAGUUAAUAGCAAUUCUAUAAAAAAAGAUAGAUCAAAACAAUAUAUUUCGGAUGAAUCAACAUAUAGCAUUCCAAAUUAUUCAAUAAAGAAAAAAAAAUCAGAAUUUUCUAACGCUUUUGAUGUAUUAGUAAAAAGAAAAGAUGAGGACAAUGAAGAAGCAAUUGAAGCUUUUAAUUAUAUCAAUUCAAAAAAGAGAAAUAGACAUUUGUCGAGAAAUGAUAGUAACAAUAUGAGGGAUAAAAAGGACCUAAAAAAAAAAAGCUAUAAAAAGAAUUCAGAAAAUUCGAAAGACGAAUACGAUGAAAUACCUGAGAAAUACAAGCAUCUAACUGAUCAAGGACUAGAUGCAAAUAUAAUAAGAUAUGCAUUAAGUAUGAAAAUGGAUGCUAAUGAAAAAAUAAUGGAAUCAGAUAUUAUAGGUUUAUAUGAUAUAAAAAAAAUAAUAAAAGAUAAAAUUGUUAAUGUUAUAUUAAGACCAGAUUUAUUUACUGGUUUAAAUAGAGCAGCAAAAGGAAUAUUAUUAUUUGGACCCCCAGGAACUGGUAAAACAAUGAUAGCUAAAUGGGUAGCAUCUUAUUGCCGAUGCUCAUUUUAUAAUGUAAACGCAUCAUCACUAUUCAGUAAAUAUAUUGGAGAAACGGAGAAAAUCGUCACGAGUUUAUUUAAAUGCGCAGAAGUUGAUAACCCUUCUAUUUUAUUUUUUGAUGAAAUAGAUUCUAUACUAGGUAUGAGAAAAAAAGAUGAAGAUGAUACAACUAUACGAAUUAAAAAUCAAUUAUUACAAAUGAUUGAUGGGAUAAAUACAAAAAAAGAUGCCAUUAUUGUUAUUAUCGGAGCUACUAAUAGGCCGGAUAUGAUAGAUGAUGCAGCUUUAAGAAGAUUUAAUAAAAGAGUUUAUAUACCAUUACCAGAUUUACAAGCAAGAAAAGAUCAAAUACGCUAUAUUAUAUCUAAACAUACACACUCAGGAUUUCAAAUGACUGAAGAAGAAUUAGAUAAUAUAUCACAAAAAUUAGAUAAUUGGAAUGGUAGUGAUAUAUAUCAUUUGUGUUCUAAAUGUUAUGAGUAUGUAUAUGAUGAUGCAGUAGAACAAUAUAAUGGAAUACAAAAUAUUCCUAAUACUUCCAUAUUUAGAGCAAUUGAAUAUGAUGAUUUUAUAAAAGCCAUGUCACAAGUUAAUACAUCUUAUAAAAAUGUCUUUGAUUAUGAUGAAUGGAGUAAAAUGCAUAGUUCUUUGUAG